AUGUUGAUUGUCACUAGAAGCGAGAAUAGUCCGUUGCUAGUGGAGCGCCGCAGCCACACACGCAGUUCGGUAUCUACGCCACGCUCACCCUUUGAAACGGGCUUCCCCACACUCUUUACGUCUCCAGUCCUAUCGCCGCGAUCACACCGCUUGUCAUUCAUUAAGCCACAGCAUACACACCGCGAAUUGCAUGUAUUUCUUACGCUCACUAUGUCCACAGUAGGUGCUGGUAUGCUGUCCAUACCUUACACAUUUCUAUUGGUACAGACUUGGUCUGCGCUGCUGGGUAUCGUCAUCGUGGGUCUUGGCAUGGCGCUGACGGCCAAUGCACUACUGCUUGCGCAUGUGCAGCUGGUCAAACAGGAAGAAGAACAAGGAAAAAGUGGCUCGGACAGGAAGUUUGCCUCUUUUCAGGCCAUUGCAGAGGCAUCAGGAAGGGAUGCGCUGGGCUAUGCAGUCUCCAUUAUUACGGCCGUUGGUAUCUACGGAGGAUGCUUGGACUGUGUGCGUAUCGUGCGCGACAUUGCUCCAUUCUUGUGA